AUGGCAUCGAUGAAGUUUGAUCUACCGCUGCUGGAUUACAAGACGAGAUUUGCGCUGUGGCAAGUCAAGAUGUGGGCGAUUCUGGCACAAUCUUCGGAUCUUGAUGAGGUGCUGGAUGGUUUCGGAGGCAAAGGGCAGAAGUCAUGGACCGCUGAAGAAAAGCGGAAGGAUCAUAAGGCUCUAUCUCUGAUUCAACUUCAUUUACAUAAUGAUAUUUUGCAACAAGUGCUGCAAGAGAAAACUGCCAUAGAACUUUGGCUCAAGAUGGAAUCGAUCUGCAUGUCCAAGGAUCUAACCAAUACCAUACUAUUAAGCCGUGAUGAACUAACCCUUGCGGAAGUAUAUGAGGACCUCCAGACGAGGGAGAAGAUGAAAGAUUGGUUCAGUUCUUAUGAGUCUGUGCAGAGUGGAGAUGUCAUGCGUAUGGGAGAUAACAACCCACGUGAGAUCAUGGGCAUUGGCUCCGUUCAGAUUAAGAUGCAUGAUGGCAUGAUACGUACACUGAAAGAUGUGAGACACAUACCAGGGUUGGCCAAAAAUCUCAUCUCCCUCAACACACGUGAUGCCGAGGGGUAUAAACACUCUGGUUCAGGUGGAGUGUGUAAGGUAUCAAAAGGCUCUCUCAUUCAUAUGAUAGGUGAUAUGAAUUCUGCAAAGUUAUAUGUUCUUAGAGGAAGUACUUUACAUGGUUCCGUCACUGCUGCUACUGUUUCUAAUGAUGAACCAAGUAAGACUAAUCUCUGGCAUAUGCGUCUUGGGUAUAUGAGUGAACUUGGUAUGGUAGAAUUGAUCAAGAGAGACCUGCUGGAUGGCUGCAUUGUGGGUAAGAUAAAGUUCUGUGAGCACUGUGUUUUUAGUAAGCACAAGAGGAUAAAAUUCAAUGCAUUUGUUCAUAUCACCAAAGUUUUCGGUUGCACUGUUUAUGCUCAUGUUGAUAAUGGAAAGCUAGAACCUAGAGCCAUUAAGUGUCUGUUUCUUGGUUAUGGUUCUGAAGUUAAAGGAUAUAAGUUAUGGAAUCCUGAAACUAAAAAGACUUUCAUGAGCAGGAGCGUUGUUUUCAAUGAAUCUGUUAUGUUUAAUGACAGCUUGUCCAUAGAUGUUUCUCUAGUUGGUUCUGAUUAG